GAAGCCCAUGGGCGGUGGUGUUUAAUACCCCGGCGUUAAACUCGGCCAUCACGCCGGUGGACCUGAAGACCAUUACCACUGCUCUUAGAGCCAAAAUAAAGUGCCGAGCGACAAUCCAGAGAAAGAAUUUUGUUUUUUUUUUGCUCGUCAAAGUAGAACGAGAGAUCAAAAGACGAAAACUCCGAAUAACCAGAAAGUUUCCGGAGCUCCUUCAAUCAUUGUCGUCAAUUGAAACCGGAACCGCGGGGUUAGAUGUCCUUUCCAUCGAUCUCCGGUGUGUGAGUGGAGAUCAAGAUGAUGUCAAGAUCAAUGCUGCUUGUAUUUUUGUUAAUGGUACUCAUAAUCACAUCUCAGUUUGAAUGGAAACAGCAACUAGUGAGUGAUGGUGAACAGAGUGCUAGCAUAUCUCAAAAGCAAAAACAGAUUUCUCAGAGAGAAGAAGUUGUAAAAGAAAAGGUUAUAUUGUCACAGGAAAAGAACAUUCAGAGACUAAAUGAAGUUGUGCGAAGUCUAAGAGAACAAUUGCAGCAGUGCAAGGGCAACAAUGAGUCGGUGAAUGGUGGUGCUCUUAGCUCGCUGACAGAGAACAUCAUCGAACUUGAACAACAGCAAAUUCUGAUGGACUAGACGGAUGGCACGGCAUCAAAUAGUUUGACAUCCUCAUCUGUAUGUGCUAUAUAUCUGUUCGCAUAUGCAUGCUGCAGUAAUUCUUUGCAUUCUGGAAUCUGUUGUGGGUUGGAGAACUGAUUUUAGGAAUUCUCAAAUGUAUCAGUUUCUUGAAACCAUCUGCUUGUCUCUGAGAUUCGCUGAGGAUCGAGCAGUUUAAAUUCUGACGAUGCUCUUAUGUAUAGAAAUUUGAGUGGCAAGUCCUAAGUAUAUUCUUAUAGUUGCAUGACCGCAACACCAAAGAGUGAAUGCUUUGUUGAUAACUGGAU